GAGGAAUUAGAACUAAUUGGUAAUUUGCUAAUUAGCUAUAUUUUUAAAAUAUUAAAGUAAUGUCUUGUUGGUUGGCUUAACAUAUCAGAUCAUGGCGAGCAGGAGAAAUGGCAGCGCCGGACGAAAGAAGGAAAUUGCAGAGCAUCAAAAGGAACGUAGACGCGCUCUGCAGGCCCGCCACCGUGCCACAUUGGCUGGGCUCUUUGACAACUUGAGAAAAGUGGUGUGCCCGUUAGAAAAGACACCGGCAAAGUGGAAGAUCCUGCACCAUGCCAAAGACUUCUUUCAGGAACAGGAGGCCUAUUUGGAGAAACUGUUGUCAUUGAAAGAGACGUUCCUGUUGGACGCUGACGGGCCUUACAGCCUACAGGAAGUGAGAGACGAGUAUCGCCGUCAGCAUUGCCAGCGCAGCGCACCCAGAGACCGCGCUGCGUGCCCUGUCUGGAAGCCGGCUCAGGGGUGUCCCGGCCCGCGUGCGCCGGGCGGCUCGGGCAGCAGCAGUGAGGCGGACCCGGCGGAGGACCUGGGCCUGUCCCAGUCCACCCCCACCUCCCAGCCCGACAUCCUGGAGUUUGAGGGGUACCUGCUCUUCUACAGGAGGACGCUGGAGAGGCUGCUGGGGGGCGGGGUGCUGCUGCCGGACCAGACGGGCCUGCCUGUGGUGUCCGAGGCCAUUUCGGCCCUGUGGCAGAGCCUUCCCCUGGAGCGGAGGGCCUCCUACCAGGACCGCAGCCAGGAGCAGAGCUCCUUCCCCUGGGGAGGCCCCUCUGAGGAGCCCCCCCUCCCCGACACCCCCGGCUGCUCCUCCCAGAACAGCCAGGGCGCGUCUGGAUCCUCCGGCUCCACCUUUGAAGAGGACCUGCUCCAGGACGCCUACGACGUGGUUCAGAAGGACCUGUCUUCAGGUGACAGCCCAGAGCUGGACUUGCAGAAGCAGAAGGAGCUGUACGACCACAUCAUCAGCUUCGUGAAGAGGCACAUGGCGGAGGAGUUCACACAGGUGAGGACGAGGAAGGAAGUGUGCCAGUUUCUGAGGUGCACCGAAACCUUCGACGACGACUUGUGAAACAAGCUCCGCCCCCACACUGUUUUUUUUAUCUUCUUUUCAUGAUAUUUAAAACACUAUACUAUUAAAAAUACUAUUUAUGUUAUUUAUCAGAAAAAAAAGUUUGUUUAAAAUCAAAAUCAUCUGCUCCAUUUAAGAUACUGUGUGUAAUUUUUGAACCCCUGACCGUGUUUUUCUUCUUUUCAUGAUAUUUAAAAUACUAUACUAUUAAAAUACUAUUUGUUAUUUAUCCAAAAAAAAAGUUUAAGAUCUAAAUCAU